GAAAGUGCUGCGAUCUAUCGAUGGACUGUUUUAGCAUGUGGGCGAAAGAUGUGUUGCCAGGAUUCUGUACGUGAUACGGUAGUUGAUUUGUAACGAAACGUGAAGUGUAUUUUUUUAGUAAUGUUUGUUAUUGUCAUAAAAAUAUUGAAGUGCUGUCGUCAAUGCUGCCGUACUUCUGUUUCGUGUCGUUGAUUGCUUGACUUCGGAAGUUGGUAACUAGGUUCCCAUCUGACAGUUUGUCAAAUAAACAUUGGAAACUUAUUGCUUAUGGCUUGAAUUUAUUUCAUAGAAUCAUAUGGCUCGCAUCUUUCAUCACGAUGAGAAGUUCGCCCGGUAUAUUAGUUCAUGUCACUAAACUGAUCAACCUUUCUGUGUAGUAACAAAUUUUGGUAGGCGGCACCUGUCAAUUGGAGUUUACGAAGGGUACGUGCAUCGGCGGAAUACAGUUUCUGUUUCUCUGCCUGAGAUAGUGUACAUCGCUUUAAUCAUGUAACAAUAGUGAAAUUAUUUGAAGACCACCAGUGACCUACUUAUCUACUUUCGGGUACGUAAGAUUUGUGGUAUAUUCAGAAUUUCAGGAACUGAAAUGAACAUAGGGUGAUAGCGUACAGAUGUUGAAUACCGGGAUGGUGUGUGGCGCGGAUAUCUCCAUUUAUGCGGGAUGAGUGAAGAGGAGCUGCUGCAAAGAGCGGCGGAAGAGAGGGCCAGUAUUGUGAGCCGUUACAAAAAGGGCCGAGAAAAUGGAGCACAGAUUGACCCCUGGGAGGAUCCAGCCUUCGAAAUUUAUCAUGUUACCGAUCGACAUGGAUUUAUACAUGACAAACGCCUGCCAGCAAAAGCCGGUCCAAAUGAAGCACGUCAAAUUCAAAUUGAAAUGGAACGAGUCAAAAAGUGGCUUAAGAUGAUAAAUUCAUGGGAAACAGCAGUCACAACUGAAAAGAUGAGAAGGCGCCUUUUCAAAGGCAUACCAAAUUCUCUUCGCGGACAAGUGUGGGCAUUGUUGCUUAAUGUGAAGGCCAUCAAAGAAGAAAAUAAAGGGAAAUAUCAGGACAUGCUAGAGCUAGCAUAUCGUUGGUCCCCUGAUAUUCGACAAAUAGACCUUGACGUCAAUAGGACAUACCGUGACCAUAUCAUGUUCCGUGAGCGUUAUGGCCUACAGCAGCAAGCACUUUUUAAUGUUCUUUCUGCAUAUAGUGUUUACAAUUUGGAUAUUGGCUAUUGUCAGGGUAUGUCACAAAUUGCUGCUCUCCUCCUCAUGUACCUAAGUGAAGAAGAUGCAUUUUGGGCACUUUCCAUUUUAAUUGCUGAUAAGAAGUAUGCUAUGCAUGGUUUCUUUAUUCCUGGAUUUCCGAAGUUGCUACGCUACCAAGAACACCAUGACAAAAUAAUGAAUAAAUUUCUGCCAAAGUUGAAGAAGCACCUUGAUAAAAAUGGUGUCGACACAGGCAUUUAUACACUGAAGUGGUUUUUCCAAUGUUUUUUGGAUAGGGUUCCAUUCACAUUGACGUUACGAAUAUGGGAUGUUUAUUUGUUUAUCGGUGAACGUGUUAUCACUGCAAUGGCCUUAAAUUUACUUCGCAUGCAUCGGCGCACACUCAAUAAUCUUGGCAUGGAUGAAAUUCUCCAGUUUCUGCAGGUUAAACUGGAGCAUGACUUUGGUUUUGAGGAUGAUGUAGUGAUGGUGAACCUGGAACAGUCAAUGGCAGAACUGAAACGUCAUAAACUGGAUUAUGCAGGAUCACCCCCACCACAUGAACUUCCAAAGCGACCAUUUGGACAAUUCUCUGAACCAACAUUUGAAAGAAAAGUGGGUCGGCGGAGCCAUGAAUUUAGUGCAAUUGAGAAAGCAACCAAAGAAAGUGUUGUUUUGCGAAGAGAUGCAGCAGUAGCUGAACACAAUUCUACCAACUCAAAUAGCAACAAUAGAAAUUCAAGAGUGUCAGUUGGUGAUGGUCUGAGUGGAAAAACAUCUCAGGAAAAUACAGUGACAGCAGCCCUAUUGAGUCCUGAUGGGACAAGGCCAGCAGUGCGUUGGCUGUGUGGUGAAGACACUGCAGAGGAUGGAAGUGGCACAGGAUCAAAAUUUUCCUUUGACCCCAGUAUAGAUGAUGCCAGCUCUUUGUUAGACUGCCAUCACAGUGGGUCACGCCGCUCUCUUGCCGACACAAGUGUUACAUCCACUGCUGAUCUCUCAGUGUUCUCUACAACAACGCGAUCACAGGCACUGGAUAACAGUCUAGACACUCACAGCAAUGCAUCGGAAGGUAGUGCAGGGGGUGCAAGCUCUGGAGGAUCUGCCAGUGUUCAGAGAGGUCCUUCAGCUUCAGCCAGAUCGACACCUCGCGCCACGCCAAGAGCUCCCAGUCCAGAUGUAGUCCGUAUAUAUGUGCCGUAUGCGUCGUCGUCACCCACUCCUGCUGGGUCACCCCAACCACAGAAUGGUGAUGUACCACGAUCAUUGCCACGACCUCUGGAUGAUCACAACAGAAUUCGCAUACGUGUUGACCCACAGGAGGAGCAAACACCAGUAGUAGAACAUGGGCAGUUAGUUCGACCAUUCCGACUUGAUAGCCCAGAAUUUGACUUAAAGUAAUUGUUGAAACUAAGGCCUACCAAUAUCUGGCAUGUGUGUAAGACAGAAUACUCAGUAACCUUACAGAGCACGAAUAAUGCCCGCUGUUACAUUAUUUCUAUCAUAAGUGGUACAUGCCAGAAUUAUUGCAAAAGUGUAAUAGUGAGUCUACCAAAUUUCUUUGUUCUUAAAAGCACUCUCUUUUCAUACAACAGUAAUGUUGUUUGACAUUUAAAGCAGUUGAAAUAAUGCCAGAUAUAAGACAGAAUGUCAUAUUUUGUCCAUUGUUAAAAAGAAAACAAAUCUGCUAUAUGUAUAUGUGAAACAAAAUUCUUUGUGAUUGUUGUCUGAAGGUAACUCAAAGUUUAAGGGAAUGAACUUUUAGCUGUUAAAUCAUGGGUUGAGAUUUAUAGUGUCUCCUGAAAAUGGCAGUCAGUUCCUCUGCUGUUCAAAAUGUAAGUGGCAGUGUUAGUCUGUUUCCUUAAUAUAGGUUUCAACGUUAUUUUGAAAUGACCAUUAUGACAAUAUAAAGACAUCAUUGCUCCAUUCCAGCUUUGUGUAUAAUUAUGUUGUAUAUAUCUGUUUCUACUUUAAAAAAUGUGUAAUAUUCUGUACAAAAGCAGUUACUAUUAUUUAGUCUGAAUAGUAUUUUUGAAAUUUGAGUUUGUACCUUGUGUGUUUCAUGCAUGCACUCAUCCCUUUUUUUCAUAUGAGGGGUAGGUCAUUUCUUCCACAGACUUAAAGAGUGUGUAAAUCAUUUGCCUAUAGUGCAGGUAACUGAAAUAUAUUUUUUUAAGAUCAUUGCAUUCAUUUGUUUAGGAGAGCAUUUGAUAGUAAAUAUUCACAAAUUGUGCCAUUGAAUGUCGAGUUGAAGACAUUAAGAUUGUUUGCAAUAAUUUAUGAAAUGAUAUUAAUUUAUUGAGAAAUCUAAUAUAAGAUAACUGUUACAUGACCUGUUUAGAAUUUUUAGGGCCUUGCAUACAGAGGUGCUAGGUGAAUUUCAUUGACAUUAUACCCUUACUUGGUAAUAAAGCAAAUUCCUCUUGGUGCCUCGUUAAUAAUCAGUAUGAUGUUACUUGUGCAAUACUGUACAUAUUACACAUAUGGAUCUAUUUUUAUGCAGCUAAACCAUAAAGAAUUAUACCUGUAUUUCAAAAAGGUGCAUCUUAGAAAAUAAAAGCCUCGAAUUAAAUCUUCUGUACAUACUAGGCUUCAUCUCAUAGGUCUUCCUGAAAGUCAUUCAGAGAGUCUCUUAACAGAUAUGUCAUUAUUACACCAUGUUUGAUCAGAGAAUAAAGUCUUGCCAUUGGAAUAGCAAACUAGCUAUACAAAAUUGUCCAUUCACAUAUAAUAGGGCUCAUUAUUUAUGUUACUAUCCUCUCCUCCUAAUUUAAAGUGUAUUCGUAAUCCUCAUGAUGUUUUGUACAAACUUUUGUAUAUACUGUACAGUUAUUUAUUUAUUUUGUUAUUUUGUGUUCAUGACAUUAAACUAUUUAAUGAAAA